CGCCCACGAUUUCUGGAGGCAAGCUGUUCCACUCGUUAAUUCUCCUCACUGUUAGGAAGUUUUUCCUUAGUUUAAGUUUACGUUCAAGUUCAAGUUUAAGUUUAAGUUUAAGAAGAUUGAAGACUCUUUGGUGGAAUGGCUGGAGAAUUAAAUUAUGGAUAAAGUGGAAGUUUUGGAAAGCAAGGCACAAGUGAUAAACAGAGAGAUGGAGAAGCAUUUGGCGUUACUGGGGAGAACUAAGAGAAAGAUGACUUUAUUUAAGAUUUAGAGCAAUUCCAGAAGGCCAUGGAGAAGAUAGGAGAAAAAAGGUGAUGAAAUCUGACUAAUUUCCUGGACUGGGAGGAAGGUAACACUGAGAUUUUUGCAAACGUCUCUUAUUCUGAUCAGGGUUACUCCCAAAUAAACAAACGUCAGAAUCCAACUUGCAUUGCAUCUUUUGACACUACGUUUUUCUCUCUCGCUUCUAAGUCUUCCUGCCCCGUUGAUGUAGCCGAUAGCCAGGGAAGGACGGCAAUCCACCAUGCAGCCUAGCACUAUGUUGGCCUUUCUGGCAGCUGCACACACGGCUGGCUCACAUCUAAGUGACUGUCACUUGGAAUUGUUUAGGCCUGGAAGUUGCAUCCUUCCCCUUGAAGUUUAAAACCCACGGCACAGGUAGUCCUCCACUUACAACCGUUCAUUUAAUGACCGUUCACAGUUACAACAGUGCUGAAAGAAGUGACCUACAACUGUUUUUCAGACUUACGACCGUUGCAGCAUCCCCCAUGAUCACGCGAUCAAAAUUCAGACGCAUGGCACCCGACUCGUAUUUAUGACGGCUGCGGAGUCCCAGGGGGGAGGGUCCCGUGAUCCCCUUCUGCGACCUUCCGACAACCAAAGUCAAUGGGGGGGGGAGCAAGAUUCAUUUAAUAACCGGUUUACUAACAGAAUAACUGCAGUCAUUCACUGAACGCGUUUUGGCAAGAAAGGUUGUAAAGUGGGACAAAAUGCGCUUCACAAAUGCCUCGCUGAGCGGCAUAAAAUUGGGGCUCCGUUGCGGCCGUAAGUACGUUGCACCCCAUUCUCAAGAGAACAGGAAAUUGUCAAUUGCAGGUACCGUAUUUUCCGGCGUAUAAGACGACUUUCUAAACCAUGCAAAUCUUCUCCGAAGUCGGGGAUCGUCUUAUACGCCGAGUCGUCUUCAACGCUGGAAAAUACAGUAAAUCUUACAAAAGGAUCCCAACGAUUGUCAAUGAAGCUGCAUGGAUUCUCAUUUGGUUUGUCUUGCAGUGAAAGACCGUUCCUGUUAAGAAAGUGUCUCUUUUGCCCUCUUUUUAUUUUUCAUCUUUCCAGCCAUCCAUGGUUCUAUCUCUUGUUUGGAAAUUCUUUGUGACUUCAAGGCAUCCUUGAACACCAAGGAUCAGGAUGGGGCGACCCCUCUCAUGCUGGCCGCCAGGAUGAACCACUCGGAGCUCUGCCACUACUUACUACACCGCGGAGCUGCCGUUAACGCCAGAGACCAGAAAGGCCGAACAGCCCUGAUGGUGGCAUGUGAGAACGGCAGUGUGGAGACAGUUGAGGCGCUUAUCCACGGGGGGGCACGGGUCGGCCUCAUCGAUGCCACGGGCCGCGAUGCCGCACACUACGGAGCUGCGAUGGGCAAUGCCCUCAUUCAACAUUAUCUCCAAGAGGCUGCCCAACGCCACUCUUGGGCCAGCGAGGAAGAGUCAGGCAACCUGUCUUCUCAGGCGUCUUCCUCCCGACAGUCUCUCUGCAAGGAGAAGAGCAACAGUCCAAGGAAGCGGAAGGCACCCCCACCCCCACCACCGCCCAGCGGGAACCCCAGCCAGGAGGAUCGGGAUGCCUACGAGGAGAUUGCGAAGCUGCGGCAGGAGAGGGCUCACUUUCUCCAAAAGAUCCGGGGACUGGAGCAGCUCCAGGACAAACAGAAACAGGAACUGGAGACCCCAAACGGCUCUUUGUCUCUUCUGGAGAAGCAGUUAGACGAUCUUCAACGCCGACUGGCGGAGACGGCAAAUGAGAAGGAAAGUCUCAGGAAGGAACUGGAAGUGCUGCGAAGCCGGCUUUCGUUAUGCGAGAACGACAAGGAAAACACCAGCUACGACGUGGAGACCCUGCAGGACGAGGAAGGAGAAAUGCUGGAGCUUCCAGCCGCAGCUGAGCUUCUCUCCAAAAAAAGCUUGAGUGCCUCGACUGAAGAGCUCUUAGCCACCCUGCAGAGCCAGAUCGAGUCCCUGACCCGGAAGAACAAGAAAUUAAUGGAGAAAAUAGAGGUGUUGGAGAAGGACGAGAGCGAGGCUGACCCUUCCGGGGAUGUCAUCCCUGUCGUUUUGUACGACUCGCUCCGAUCCGAGUUUGAGAAGCUGAAAGCACAGCAGCUGGAGGCUCAGGAGCUGCUGAAGUCGCUGGAAAGCCAGGGAACGGAGGAAAGCCCUCCUAAACCCAUCUCGGCCGAGGCUUACGAACAACGGCUGAAGGACGAUUACGAGAAGCAAAUCGCAGCCCUUAAGCAAGCCUUGGAGAAGAUCAACUGCCCGGGCGAUCCGAUCGGGCUGAACCAAGCGACGGAAAGCGAAGCUGACGUGGAGCCGGAAGGACAAAGCAACUUCAAGAGAUGGGGGAGAGAAGAGACGGAGGAGCUGACAAAGAAACUGAGAGAAACCCAGGAGAAAUAUCAGGUAGCUUUGGCCGAAGUGAAGCUCCUGGAGGACCAGAUUGAGCUGGGCAUCUUGUCCGUUGAGGACAAAGAAGCUGCUGAGAGUUCCAGCAUCGAACUCCAGACGGUGAAGGCUGCUCUGCACCAGACUCGGGAGGAGCUGAAGGAACGAGACCAGAAGGUGAAGGAUUUGGAAGGGCUGCUCAGGGUUCGAGAAGAAAGAGGGGCCCAAAACUGCUCCGCUCAGGCCUGCGAGGAGAUGAAAGCCACCCUUGGGGCCUCCUUGGAUGCUGUGUCGAAGGAGAAAGAGGCGCUUCUCCAGAGGUGCGCCUCUGUGGAAACGGAGCUAAGAGAACUAAGGGCCUCCUUGCAGGAGAAGGAGAAGGAGGAGGAGGAGGAGAAGGAGGAGAAGAAGAACAGCCACCAGAUGCUGGAAGGAAGGUCUUCCAUCAGCCAGGCCCUUCAGGAGACCAGCAAGCUGCGAGAACAGCUGGAAGCCAUGACUGAGCGACACCAAGAAGCAAAGGCUCAUCUCGAGGAGCUCCGAGAAGGCCGGGAGAAGCUGGAAGAGGAGCUUCAAGCAACCAAGGAGAUCUUGGCCUCUGAGUACGUCCCUAGAGCGGAGCACGAAGACACGGUGGAGAAGCUGAAGGCCGCCUUCUCCGAGGCCGAAGAGAGGCUGCUGGAGAUGAAAGAGAAGUACACCUCCACCCGGAUCGAGCUGGCGGAACUUCAGAAGUCCACCGAGGUCUACAGGCGACAGUCGAUACCCCUGACCGAGCACGUCCGGGCCAAGGAGGCGUUAGAAGGCACCUUGUGGGAGUUGAAGGCCAAAGCAAAGCUGGUGGAGCAGGAGCUGAGAGCCAAGGCCCGGGAGGCCUCUCGACUCCAGGCGGACCUGGACGAGCUCCGUCGAGGUGCCGUCUCCAAGGAGGCCCACGAGCAGCUGAGGGCCGCCUCGCAGGCCGAGAGCGAGGCCCUGAGGGCCAAGCUGAGCGACCUGGGCCGCAAGCACGAGCGGACCUGCACCGAAGUCUUCCAGGUGCAGCGGGAGGCCCUCUUCAUGAAGAGCGAGAAGCAGGCUGCCGAGGCCCAGCUAGCCAGCGCCGAGAAGCAGCUGCAGAGCCUGCGGGCCGAGUCCGACCGUCUCCAGGAGUUGCACAGCCACGUCGAGGACUCGGCCGAGCUGCUCAAAGAGAAAGACAAGAAGAUCACAGAGCUCUCCAAAGAGGUCUUAAAACUGAAAGAAGCUCCGAAGGAUCUUUCCGAGCUUUCUAGCAGUGCUUCUUCCAAAGGGAUCUUCUCACCAAAGGCAGACAGUGAUCUGGACGUAGCUACCUUCCAGAGCAGAAUUAAAGAUCUGGAGCAACAAUUGGUUGAAUCUGAGCGACGCCAUAGCAAUAUCGUCUCUUUAUACAGAGGACACCUUCUCUACGCUAUCCAGGGCAACAUGGAUGAAGACGUGCAAAAAAUCCUCUUCCAGAUUUUGAAGAUGCAAAGGCUCCAGGAACAAGGCAGAUGAGACAAAGUGACGGGUCGCUGACUCGAACCCGGGGUGGGGUGGGCAGGCUGGGUGGACUACGAAGGCCACACCGACCAUGAGCCCGGAAGCGAGCAAGACCGGCGGGCACCCAAACGCCUUUGAAUGGCUUCACAGCAGGCAGGAAAUCUUUUGCGCUUCACCUCGGCGUGUCCACGAUGGCCAAAGCACUCCCGGUUGAAUUUCUGCCUGCCAUCACAAUGUUAAAGGCUACAGGGUCAUUGCGGGGCGGGAGGGGGGAAAACGAGUAGAAGGCAGACCUAGAGCGAGACAAGUGCGUGACCCAUAGUGGCAAUCAGCAGAAUUAGCCCGCGAUACUGCAUUAUAAUCAUCAGAAACUG